GAGAAGUAACCCAUUUCUCCAACCCGAGACACCAGAAAACCAAACCCGUAUCCUUUUCUUUUCCGCUCUCCAGUCUCCUCUAUCGGAAACACAGAAGAAAACAACUAAAAUCCAAAACAAAAAUGAACCAGAAUCUCCAUUAACAGCGAUCAUGAUCCCCUUUUCUAAACCCCCAUAAUUCCCAGCAAACAAUAACAAAAACCCAGCAACACAUUUUCCCAAAUGCACCAUCUUUGACUUCUUUUUUCAAAAUUCUCCAAAUCGAACCCAAAAUCAAUGGCUGGUUCUUCUCUAAGGGACACCCUUUUCCAGCGCACACUGGAGGACCUGAUCAAAGGCCUCCGCAUGAGCUUCAUCGGCGAGACCGCCUUCAUCUCCAAAGCCAUGGACGAGAUCCGCCGCGAGAUCAAGUCCACCGACCCCUACAUCAAGGCCGUCGCCCUCCAAAAGCUGUCGUAUCUCAGCUCCCUCCACUUCUACGGCAUGUCCUUCGCCGCCUUCCACGUCGUCGAGCUCCUCUCCUCCACCCGCUUCUCCCACAAGCGGAUCGCCUACCACUGCGCUUCCCACUCCUUCAACGACACAACGCCCGUCCUCGUCCUCAUCACGAACCAGCUCCGAAAAGAUCUUUCUAGCACGAACGAGUACGAGGUAAGCCUUGCCUUAGAAUGUCUUUCUAGAAUUGCCACUGUUGAUUUGGCUAGAGAUUUGACUCCUGAGAUUUACACCCUUUUGUCGAGUAGUAAAGUUUUGGUUAGAAAGAAGGCGAUUGGUGUGAUUUUGAGGGUUUUUGAGAAAUACCCAGAUGCCGCCAGGGUUUGUUUUAAGCGUUUGGUUGAGAAUUUACACGUUUCUGAUACUCAGAUUUUGUCUGCGGCUGUUGGGGUCUUUUGUGAGCUCACUUCCAAAGACCCCAGAUCGUAUCUUCCAUUAGCGCCCGAGUUUUAUAAGAUUUUGGUUGACUGUAAGAACAAUUGGGUGUUGAUUAAGGUGCUAAAGAUAUUCGCAAAGUUGGCGCCUCUCGAACCAAGGCUGGCCAAGAGGGUUGUUGAGCCGAUUUGCGAUCAUAUGAGAAGGACCGGAGCGAAGUCAUUGGUGUUCGAGUGCGUUAGGACGGUGGUGACUAGCUUUGGUGAUUAUGAUUCUGCAGUGAGGCUUGCGAUUGCCAAGGUUCGGGAGUUUUUGGUUGAUGAUGAUCCGAAUCUUAUGUAUCUUGCGCUGCAGGCACUUUCGGUGGCUGCGCCGAAGCACUUGUGGGCGGUGUUGGAGAACAAGGAGGUUGUUAUUAAGUCUUUGAGUGAUCUUGAUCCGAAUAUUAAGCUCGAGUCCUUGCGGCUAAUAAUGGCGAUGGUGUCUGAGGGUAAAGUGACUGAAAUUUCCAGGGUUUUGCUCAAUUAUGCUCUUAAAUCUGACCCUGAGUUCUGCAAUGAGAUUCUGGGGUCGAUUUUAUCAACUUGUUGUAGGAAUGUAUAUGAGGUCAUCAUCGAUUUUGAUUGGUAUGUUAUGACCUUGGGAGAAAUGUCGAGGAUCCCGCAUUGCCGAAAGGGAGAUGAAAUUGAGAGGCAGCUUAUUGAUAUCGGUAUGAGGGUGAAGGACGUAAGGCCAGAGGUUGUUCGCGUCGGUCGUGAUUUGCUGAUUGAUCCUUCAUUACUUGGUAACCCUUUCUUACACAGAAUAUUAUCUGCUGCUGCUUGGGUUUCAGGGGAAUAUGUUGAGUUCUCAAGAAAUCCAUUAGAACUAAUGGAGGCACUUAUACAACCUCGUACAAAUCUCUUGCCGUCAUCGAUAAGAGCAGUAUAUAUACAGUCUGCCUUUAAAACAUUGAUUUUUUGUCUAAAUUCUUACUUCUCGCAAUCGGAGAUAAUUUCUUCCACCUCAUGUCUUGAUAGUUUGGUGACGCCCGCGUCACAGUUCGUACCUGGAAGAGAUUUUCAGGAAGGUUCUGAUUUGGCAACAAAUAAUGCUUCUGCACAGAAUGAACAGGAGGAAGGCUUUAAUCCAAGGGUUUUAAAUCGAUCAUCUGAUGAUAUCUCUGGAGAUGAUGGUGAGGAGAUUGGUGGUGCUUUUUGUGGUCAGACAUCUCGUCUGGCUUCAUUGGAGAUGAAUGUUUUGACUGAUGAAUCUGUAACGAACGUGUUAAAUAAAAUCGAAUUGGCGAUUGGUCCACUAUUAGGUAGUCAUGAUGUAGAAAUACUUGAAAGAGCACGGAAUUUGCUUUCCUUCAUUGAGUUGAUUAGGAAAGAUAUAGCAAAUUUUUCAAGUCAGAUGGAAGAAACUUUGCCAAGGGAUGAAACAGAAGCUUUCAAAAUCAUCAAAAUGAUGCAAGAUGCCUUUUCUGAUGAGCUUGGUCCUGUCUCAGUGACUGCACAAGAAAGAGUUCCCAUACCAGAUGGUUUAGCGCUCAAGGACAAUCUUGAGGACUUGGAAACAAUCCUUCCUGACGUCCAACUACCUUCGUCAAUUUCAUUUUCUCUCGGAAGUGCUCUUCAAGAUGAAACAGCUGGUGUUCCUUUUCCAACAGUUCAGAACAAAGAAGAUUCAGAACCGUCAAAUGAAUCUACUUUUCUGCUUGCAGAACACCGCAAGCGUCACGGGUUGUACUAUCUUCCUUCGGAGAAGAAUGAUGUAUCGAAUGAUUAUCCACCAGCUAAUGACCUAAAAUCACAGGGCAAUGCAGAAGAUCUAGUUAAGCUUACAGAGCAAGCACUUGUUCCAAAGAAAAAGCCAAACCAUGCAAAGCCAAGGCCCGUGGUAGUGAAAUUAGAUGAAGGAGAUGUAGUGCCUAUUGCAGCCAAGCGACAGCCGAAGGAUGAUUUGCUCUCUGAUGCUGUACGUGAAGUUCUUUUACCUAGUGACACCAAAGCCAGUUCAUCACACAAUAAGCCAUUGGAUAGCUCUUCCAUUAAGAAUAAAGGGAAGGAGAAAGUAAAUGUUGAUACUCCCGAGUCGAAAGAAGAUUUGAGUAUAGACAAACAGGAUAAUAGAAACCAAAGUUUAAGAAAAAGCAAGCACCAAUCUCAUGGGAAAGAUAGAAAACACAGAAGUUCAAGGAAUGCUGGUGAUGAAAGGGAGGAAAGGGGCCAGGAGGGGAAGAAAAAGAGUAGUCAUCGUCACAGCAAGAAUAAAGGCCGACAAAGAACGGAUGUACCUCAAAGUGUGAUUCCGCAGACACAAGUGAUUCCAGAUUUCCUUUUGUGACGUGGAAAAAAGGUUCUGAUUUGUUGUUUGUUUUCGUCUGCUGUUGAGUCCUUUGGCUGUUAUCCUUUUAUUUUACCAUCACGAGUGCCAAGGUUAAUUUUACUGUACAUGCUUUUUUCUUAUACAUUUUGUUUCUAUUUGUUUUGUGGUUGCCUUGCACUCUUGAGUUGGUUUUCUAUGUUACACUGAGUUUCAUUUGAGAUACAAAAUUAAAUUUGUUGUAU